AUGCCUUUCCUGCGCACGUUUACGGUGUUCUGCAUCAUCGCCGGCGUACUGCUGCAGAGCUGCGCGGCUCUGACACCCUCGCGAGCAGUGCGGCCGUUUGAAACAAAGUUCAGUUCUCUGAGUGAGGCAUGCCGUGGUGUUCUCGAGACAGAAUGCCCACCGGACAGGUUGGGUCGCGCGGACUGCUUGAUGGCGCGCACAGAGGGCAACGAGAAUCAUGAGUGCAAACUGUGGCUCUCCUGGCGAGCGACUUGCUUUGCUUACGCGAUGGUGAAACUCAUACCUCAAGGCAAGUGCAACUUUACAUCAGAUCAGAUGACGUCAGAGCUGGUCUUGCAGUGUCUCCGCGUUACUGACGCGAAGGAACUGCCGACUGCUUGCUCCGCUUCCCCCUACUUCAAGUCGAUCAUGCUCCAUGCCCCGCGACGCAUGGACAGCGACGGUACGGCGGAUCUGUAG